CACAAUAUAUCACCGAAAGAAAUAAACUUAGUCCCUUAGAAAAGGUUUACUUCUACACGGAUUUUGUGAAUUUUCCUGCUUUAGGCUAGUCUUCAAUUCAUUUAAAAAAAUGCUGUUAUCCGGCUCAGCUGCUUCAUUCACAACUGUCCUCUUCUGUUUACUUUUCUUUACUGUUCUUAUUGGAUUUGAUAGUUAUUGAUGUAUACCUGCACUGUAUGUUUAGUACUAUUGGAAACUGUUAAACAAGAUGCUCAAUCAUGUGCACAAUAAAUAAAACUAAUAUAAUGCUCCAGAAUAGUUUUAUUCAUGAAUAUAUCGAUAUGUUUACAGCUCUGGCACAAUGUGUAACCAACUUUAAAAUUUCAAACUGCUCCAAAACACGUAUCUAGAUACAAGUUGAUACAAGUCAAUAAGAUCAGCUUAUUAUUUAUCUACCAAUUCAAGAAAUAAAUUUGCAUAGGCAUUAAUUACACUAGUGAAUAAUUCUGAGAAUAAGAUUUGUACUUUAUAAAUUGAAACUAUGUUUAUAAAAUCUUAAUAAAUUUUAUAGAAGACUCAAUCUGCAAUACUAAAAUAAUUUUCUUGAUAAUAUGAAAGACAUAAGGGUUUGCAAAGUUCUUAAUAAAUUAGAUGAAUCUAAUUCAGAAAAUCUUAUAGUAUGUUCCAUAUGGGAAGAUGCAAAACUCAAAGUUUAUAUUGUUAAAGAUGAUAGAACAUUGCUGUUUGGAGAGGAAGGGGAAGAACAAUUAGAAAAGUAUGCAAAAACAUUUGAUAAAUCACUAAAUAUGUAUUUACAGGAAUCAAAAGACAUUUUGUGUGGUAUAAAAAGUGAAAUUGAUUUUUAUCUAACCGAGAGCAAAUUUUAUUGGAAAAGAGAAAAGUGGGCUCUUGGACAAAUUUAUAUAAAACCUAUUCAAGAUAUAGCAUCUGCAAUUAGUUUGUUAUUGAUAUUAAUUGAUGAAUUUUCUCAAAACAAAAAAGAUUUAGACGACGUUCAUAAUAAGUAUCAAAGUGUCAAACUUAUACAGUCCGAAAUUAUACAAAAGUUGAAUGAGUGUCAAACUAUUAAAAAUCAAUUAGAGGAUGAUCUCUAUAAGAAAUUUAUAUUGAUAUUAAAUUCAAAAAAAACAAUGAUAAAAGAUUUAAAAGAUAGAUUACAAAAAUUCAAAAACUCCAAUAAUAUUUUUGAUGAACUUACUAAUGAAAGUGACAGUGAUUUGGAAGAAAAAUGUAAUGUUUCUAGUCAUCCAAUCAAAAAAAGAGACUGUCAAGAAACUAUUUGUCAGAAAUCAAGUUCCAAGAGAAAAAAAGGAAAUAGAAGUACUAAAAUUAAAAUAAUUGAAAAUAAAAACUUUAAAAGUAAUGCCUUUUUUAAUGUUUCUACUUCUGACAAUCUUGAAGCAGAAGUAGUACCAUCAACUAGCAAUAACAUUAAAACUGUAGAUGAAGAUGAAGAAACGGGAGAUUUACUUUCUGAAGAAAGUGAAUGUGAUCUUGUAUUGAAAUUUGAUGAAGACAAGUUGGAAGAUAAAAUUAUAAAAAGUGCAAUUUCUGAAGAGGAUUCAGAAGAGAUGUUUUAAAAGUAGUGUGUUUAUGUUCACGUCAUUCUAAAUGGAGAUUUAUUUAUCUUUAAUUAUCGUGAUGUGUAAGAUAUUGGUAAGAUGUGACCUUGUAAUUUUCUACAAGUUCAUCUUUGUGAGAACAGUAAUGAUAUAAAAGACUACAUAUACAUAUGAUAAGUGUUGUUUUUCUGACAAGCCAGAUAGAUGCUACUAAAUUAAUUUUAUC